CUAAUGGAUUUGGUUACUAGAGAAAACAUAGAUGAGCUACUCAAAGCUCAGUCUCAUAUAUGGACUCAUUCUCUGCAAUUCAUAAAGUCCAUGUCUCUAAAAUGUGCAGUUGAACUAGGCAUACCUGAUGCUAUUAGCAACCACCAUGGCCAACCCAUGCCUCUUUCUGACCUAGUUUCUGCUUUACAGGUUAACCCUGCUAAAACUCACCAUCUUCACCGUCUAAUGCGAAUUCUUGUUCAUUCUGGUUUCUUUUCUUUAAAAGAAGAUGGCUAUUUACUUACUGCAUCCUCUCGUCUUCUUCUAAAAGACACUCCUUUAAAUUCAAGACCUUUUAUAUCUCUUGUUCUUGAUCCUAUUCUAACAGAACCGUAUAAUUGCAUGAGCAAAUGGCUUAAAGAUGAUCAUGAUCAAACACCGUUCGUAACUGCAUUUGGAGAGUCGCUAUGGGAACAUGCAGGGCAUGAAAUUAGGGUUAAUAACUUGUUUAAUGAAGCAAUGGCUAGUGAUAGCUUUUUAAUUAGUGAGGCGGUGAUAGUCAAGUGUAAGGAGGUAUUUGAAGGGUUGGAUUCUUUGGUUGAUGUUGCAGGUGGAACUGGAAAUAUGGCCAAGGCUAUCGCUAAUACUUUUCCAAAUUUGAAGUGUACUGUUUUGGAUCUUCCCCAUGUUGUUGCUGGUUUACAGAAGUGUACUGUUUUGGAUCUUCCCCAUGUUGUUGCUGGUUUACAGGGCAUUAAGAAUUUGAAUUUUCUUGCUGGGGACAUGUUUGAGGCUGUUCCUCCUGCUGAUGCAGUUUUGCUCAAGAGGUAUCCUAAUCUACUGGAUUAA